AUGAGUAAUGACUGUGGCCUCGGCGGUUUCGGGUAUUUCAUGGCGCUCUUCAUCGGCGUCCUUGUCAUCUUCGCCGUCAUCACCGACUUGACAUCACCAAGUGCAAGAGAUCAUCUAAGCCCAAUUCCCCCUCCUCCGCCGUCCGCCGCCGCUCCUCCUUCUCCGAUCAUGCCGCUGCCGCAUCUCUCCACGUCGUCAACGUCCUCGACGCCACGGCCAUCUCCGCCAUCCCGCCCGAUCGUCGGCACCGCCCUCGGCGGCUUCGGGUACGGCGUGGGGCUCUCCAUCGCCGUCAUCACCUACUUCUCCUACAAGUGCAAGAAAUCACGCCCCAACUCCUCCCCCUUCUCCUCCUCCGUCCGCAGCCGCUACUUUCCCGGCGGCGGGGCCGAUUCCGUCCACGUUGUCAUCCACCGCAACGGCCUCGACGCCGCCGCCAUCUCCGCAAUCCCGCUCUACACCUACGCCCGGCUCGGGCCCAGCGGCUGCGCCGUGUGCCUCGGGGAAUAUAAAGAGAGCGAGGAGGUGAGGCUGAUGCCGGAGUGCGGACACGUGUUUCACCGGAGCAGCAUUGAUCCGUGGCUCAUGAUUCAUCCCAGGUGUCCUAUUUGCCGGAAAACGACGUGCCGGCGGUGGCGGCGGUGGUAG